CCUACCAUCGCGGGGAAGGUUUCAUCUCAAUAAAAAAAAGUUUUUCUCAGAUAUCAGUGACGCUUCGACUCCGCGAUAACAAAGUGAACUCGAGAGAUGGUACAAUGAACAAAAUUUUGUGCCUCGGAUACAUUUUAACGGCCAUCGCUGCGCCAAUAACCUCAUAUGACUAUGAAUGCAACCAACCACUGCUCCACAAAGCCCAGCUGAAGGCGACGUCCCACAUGCCCGGUAGAGAAGCGAAAGAUGCUCAACUGAACGGGUAUGGUGCUUGGACACCAGAAGACAAUUCUUACAAUCAGCAUCUUACUGUGGACUUGGGGGAGAGAUGUGAGAUAAGGAGUAUUGCAACACGUGGACGGGCGAAGACGAAUGAAUUCAUUACUGAGUAUAUUGUGGAGUAUUCUGACGAUGGCAACGCCUGGACUAGUUAUGAGAGUCAGGACGGCGUUGAAGAGAUGUUCAAAGGAAACGCAGACGCCGAAUCGAUAAAGCUGAACAAAUUCGAAGUGCCUAUUAUAGCCCAAUGGAUCCGAAUAAAUCCGACACGGUGGCAGGACAGGAUAUCAAUGCGUCUGGAGCUUUAUGGCUGUGAAUACAAUGCCGACGUAAUAUCGUUUCACGGCACCUCCCUCGUGCGACUGGACCUCCUGCGUGAGCCGAUUGAAACCGAUCGUCACUCAAUACGUUUUCGUUUCAAGACGAACAAUGCUGACGGUGUCCUCCUCUACUCGCGCGGCAGCCAGGGGGAUUUCAUAGCAGUGCAAUUACGUGACAAUAGAAUGCUGUUGAACAUCGAUCUGGGAUCUGGAAUAACGACAAGCCUCUCCGUUGGGAGUCUUCUCGACGAUAACAUGUGGCACGAUGUACUUAUUUCCAGGAAUAGAAAAAACAUAGCAUUCUCGGUGGACAGGGUCAUAGUGAAGGGCCGGAUAAAGGGGGAAUUUCAUCGAUUGGAUCUCAAUAGGGAGCUCUUCGUUGGAGGGGUACCCAAUGUGCAAGAGGGACUCGUUGUCACUCAGAAUUUCUCCGGCUGCAUUGAGAAUCUCCACUUGAAUAAGACUAAUUUAUUCAGGGAACUGAAGGACGCUGAGGCCACUGGGGAGAACCUGAGGUACCACAGGAUCAACACCAUUUACAGUUGUCCUCAGCCACAAAUUAUUCCUGUGACGUUUUUGAAACCGAGGACUUACGUCAGGAUCAAGGGGUACGAGAGCGCUCUUUUCCUGAAUGUGUCACUGGCUUUUCGCACUUACGAGGCCAGGGGAAUGCUCCUCUUCCAUCAGUUCACGACCCCAGGGUACGUGAAAAUGUUCUUGGAAGAUGGGAAGAUCAAGGUUCAGAUCGAGACCAAGGGAAGUCCCACUGCCAUUUUAGACAACUUCGAGGAGAGGUUCGAUGAUGGGAAGUGGCACCAGGUUGUUCUCACUGUUGGCAAGAAUAGCAUUGUUUUGAAUGUCGAUGGGAGACCUAUGAGGACCAAGAGGGUCUUGGAGAUGAGCACUGGGCCCGUUUAUUUGAUUGGCGGGGGGAUUUCGGGGAUGGGGCCGAAUGUGGGGUUUGUCGGGUGCAUGAGGCAGAUCAGCAUUGAUGGGAAUGUCAAGGCCCCCGGUGACUGGAGGGAUGACGAUUUCUGCUGCAAAAAUGAGAUUGUCUUUGAUGCCUGUCAGAUGCUCGAUCGGUGCAAUCCUAAUCCUUGUAAACAUGGGGGGAUAUGCAGGCAGAAUUCCGAUGAGUUCUCGUGCGACUGCAGCAGCACGGGGUAUGCUGGAGCUGUUUGUCAUACGUCUCUGCACCCCCUCUCAUGUGAGGCCCACAAAAACAAAAAUUCCGUUCAUCAAAGAGCUGAGAUUAAAAUAGAUGUUGAUGGCAGUGGUCCCUUGGACCCAUUCCCAGUGACCUGUGAAUUUUACCCAGAUGGACGGGUAAUGACUGUUAUUCGACAUAGCAACGAAUUGCCAACGCCAGUAGACGGCUUCCAGGAGCCUGGCAGCUUCGUCCAGGAUAUCAAUUAUGACGCUGAUCUCGAUCAAAUUGAGGCUAUGCUCAAUAGGUCCACUAAUUGCAAACAGAGGAUCAAUUACUCCUGCAAGCAUUCUAAACUUUUUAAUAGUCCAGUGCCUCAGAUGGCCUCAUUCGAGCCAAAUUCCUGGUGGGUCAGUAGAAACAACCAAAAAAUGGAUUACUGGGGUGGUGCACUGCCAGGAUCACGAAAAUGUGAAUGCGGAGUUCUGGGAAAUUGUGCUGAUCCCACAAAAUGGUGUAAUUGUGAUUCUGGAUUAGAGGGUUGGCUCGAGGAUGGUGGUGAUAUCACGGAAAAGGAGUACCUGCCUGUACGACAAUUACGACUUGGUGAUACCGGUACACCAUUGGACGACAAAGAGGGUCAAUACACUCUUGGCCCCCUUAUUUGCGAAGGAGAUCACUUGUUCAAAAAUGUCGUGACAUUCCGCAUAGCCGACGCGACGAUUAAUCUCCCGACAUUCGAUAUGGGACACAGUGGAGACAUUUACUUUGAAUUUAAAACAACGACACCCGAUGCUGUAAUAAUUCACAGCACCGGCCCCACGGACUACAUUAAAGUGUCGAUCACCAGUGGUAAUCAGAUACAGUUCCAAUAUCAAGCGGGUGAUGGUCCAAUGACUGUCAGUGUGCAGACGUCGUCCAUGUUAGCAGACGACAACUGGCAUUCAGUGUCUGUGGAGAGGAAUCGAAAGGAAGCGAGAAUCGUCUUGGAUGGUGCAUUGAGGAAUGAGAUCAGGGAGCCAGCUGGACCAGUUCGCGCUCUUCAUCUCACGUCGGACUUGGUUGUUGGUGCUACUACGAAAUUCAGGGAUGGGUUCGUUGGCUGCAUAAGGGCGUUGCUGUUGAAUGGAAGACUCCAGGACUUGAGAAGGUAUGGGAGGAUGCCGACUUAUGGGGUCAGUGAGGGCUGUGUUGGGAGGUGCGAGAGCAAUCCUUGUUUGAAUAAUGGGACGUGCCAUGAGAGGUAUGAUGGGUACAACUGUGACUGCAGGUGGACUUCUUUCAAAGGACCCAUUUGUGCUGAUGAAAUUGGAGUGAACCUGCGCCCCGGCUCGAUGAUAAAAUACGAUUUCAUGGGCACAUGGCGUUCGACAAUAUCCGAAAAAAUCCGUAUAGGCUUCACAACUACGAACCCCCAAGGUUUUCUCCUGGGUCUCUUCUCAAACAUCUCCGGUGAAUACAUGACGAUAAUGAUCGCCCGCAGUGGAUACCUCCGAGUGGUCUUCGACUUCGGUUUCGAGCGCCAAGAGGUGCUCUUCCCAUCGAAAAACUUCGGUCUAGGGCAGUACCACGACCUCCGCGUCACCAGGAAGAAUAAUGGAGCAACAAUGGUCCUUCAGGUUGACAAUUACGAGCCCAAGGAAUUCGAUUUCGAUAUAAAAGCCUCUGCUGACGCUCAAUUCAAUAAUAUUCAGCACAUGUACAUCGGGAGAAACGAAUCUAUGAUUGAGGGCUUUGGGGGGUGCAUCUCCAGGGUUGAGUUCGAUGAUAUUUACCCUCUGAAGCUGCUUUUCCAGCAGGAUAGACCUUCGAACAUCGGAUCCAUGGGGGGACAGGUGAUGGAAGAUUUUUGUGGAGUCGAACCCAUCACUCAUCCCCCAAAUCUCGUGGAAACUAGACCUCCACCUGUUGUCGAUGAGGAGAAAGUUCGUGCUGCCUAUAAUGAGACUGACACUGCCAUCCUUGGGAGUGUCCUAUCAGUGAUCGUCAUUGCAUUGAUCAUCAUGGCUGUUUUGAUAGGGAGGUACAUGUCCAGGCAUAAGGGAGAGUACUUGACUCAGGAGGACAAGGGGGCUGAGAUGGCUCUUGAUCCGGACUCUGCUGUUGUUCACUCGACUACUGGGCAUCAGGUGCAGAAGAAGAAAGAGUGGUUCAUCUGAAGAGGGACAAUUGGGAUUGUCGACGGGUCGUAAGCAUCACUGAAUUUGGAAUUUGUGAGUUGGGUUUUUUAGUCUUCUGUAAAGAGGGAAAUUAUUUUGAUUGAGGGUUUUUUAAAAAUUUUUCUAUUGCAUUUUUCAAUGGGAUAAGACGUUAUUUGAGAGAGUAAGGGACUUUCUCUGUGAAUUGGUGGCUAGUUAAAAUGCAGAACCAAAAAUCGAUUAUGAACUGAGCUAGAAUUGGAUAAUUUGAUUUUCUGAUGAAUAUAUUUGGUAGUGAAGUGGGGGAAUGUAAAAAGUUCAUUCUCCACGUGUUAAAUUUUGAAUUAUUUUGCUACUGAGGGAUUUUAGAGAACAAGAACUAUUUUUCGCUGGGCAAUUUUUCAGCUACAAAAAAAAUUUUGACAUUUUCUUGAAAAGUCACAGAUUAGAGAAAGAAAUUCAGAAUUAACAAGAAUUGUCGUAUUCAAUUGAUCAACAUUUGUCACUUCACUACUGAAUUAUUUAAGAUCUGUUUCAUGGACUCUUUCAUUUUUCAAUUGCAUUCACCGAUUGAUUUGAGCACAGAAGUUAUCUCUCAGUCAUUCUUUCCUCUUAAAGAGUUGAAAGAGUGAUGAGGUUCACUGAAUUAUGAAUUCAUGAGUUCGAUUUUUCAGUCUUCGGCGAGGAGGAGAAUUAUUCCGAUUGAAGGAAGAGGGAUUUUUUUUUGCUUUUCUGUUGCAUUUUUCAACGAAAUAAGACUUAUUAUUUGAAAGAGUAAGGGAUUUCCUCUGUGAAUCGGUGGUGACAUUUUCUUGUAAAGCCACUUAUUAGAGAGAGAGAAAUUUAGAAUUAACAAAAAUUGUCGUAUUCAAUUAACAUCUCCCACUUCACACUACUCAAUUAUUGAAGAGCUCUUUCAUUUUCCAAUUGAUUUUAAAAGACAAAAGAUAGGGAUUGUUUUAACUCAAUUCACGUGAAAUUUGAAAAUUAUCCUUUAGCAUUUUUUCAAAGUAACAGAGGAGUGAAUAUACUCUAUGCGUCGGUGACUCACUUAUUUUAUGGGCGACGGUGGGAAUUAUUUUAAUCGAAUGAAGAGAUUUAUUUUUAUUCUUCUUUUGCAUUUUUCAAUGAAAUAAGACUUAUUAUUUGAGAGAGUAAGGGAGUUUUUCCUCAUUCUUUGAAGAAAAAAAAUGGGAAUUAUUUUAAUUCAAUCAAAGAGAAAUUUACUAAUUUUUCUUUCGCAUUGUUAAAAGAAGAGACUCAAACAGAGAAGUGAAUACACUCUGUGAAUUGGUGACUAAUUAGAACCAAAGUUUGAUCAUUAACGGAAUGAUAAUUUUAUUACCUGAUUUUUAAACGAAUUCAUGGAAGUGGAGGGAACGUAAAAAUUUUAUUUUCAACAUCUCGUUAAGCAUUGAAACAUCAGGAGAUCAAGCCCUCCAGAUGGAUAAAUGAAUGGAAGAAAUGCUGAAUUUAAUUUAUUACGAUUUAUCACUCCACUGAUAGAAUUUUUCAAUGAUCUUAUUCAUAUUACUCGUCAUUUUAGAACUUCUAGGAUUGAUUUUUUCGUUUCAUUUGUGUUUUAUAAGACUCGUGUGAGUAGAAUUAGAAAGAACAAGACGUUUUACUAAACAUGCAUGAAUUUGUUAUUCUUAAGGGAAAAGAAUGCCGAAAUGCCAUAGAAAUUACUUAAACGGUGACAUUGUAAUAUUACACUCAAGAGUGUCACAGUAAUUUCAAUUUAUCAAUUUCUAAUUUUAGAUUCUCACGAAGGAGUGCUAGACUGCUAUUUUUAAUUUUCAUUUGUCUUAUUUUUUUCUCUCAGUAUUGUAAUUUUUUACCGUCCAACAACAUUUUUUUAUUUUUAGGUUUAUUUUAUUUUCUAAGUCAUACAUUUCUUUUAUUAUUUUAAUUUAUCGUAUAAACUUUCCACUCUUAUAUCAAUAAUGCAGCAAUAAUGAACAAUGACAUUGUCAGAUGAAGCUAGCAAUGAAUAAUAUGCAAAUGAAUUGUAUAUAAACAGUAUUUAUAAUUAAAAAAUGACAAAAAUCAGUAAUUUUGUACUAUUAGAUAUUUUCCACGUUUCCAGAUCCUUGGGAACUUCAGAUUGGAAGAUAAUAAAAGGAAUAAGAAUAAAGUGUACAGAACUGUGAUAAAAAUAA